AUGUCGCGACCCGAGUACACAGCACCGCCAGAGGUGUUUUAUAACGACGAUGAGUCAAAAAAGUAUACGACGUCGACGCGUGUGCAGCAUAUUCAGGCCGAGAUGACGCUGAGAGCGUUGGAGCUGCUCAACGUGCCUCCCAGCCAACAUAUCCUGGAUAUCGGGUGUGGAUCAGGGUUGUCAGGAGAGAUUUUGUCGGAAGAGGGCCAUAGCUGGAUUGGAAUGGACAUUUCCACUUCCAUGAUUGCUAAUGCUGUUGACAGAGAGGUCGAAGGAGACCUUUUUUUGGCCGAUAUGGGCAGUGGUAUUCCUUUUCGAGCUGGUUCGUUUGAUGCCGCUAUCAGCAUUAGUGCUAUUCAGUGGUUGUGUAAUGCUGAUACUUCUACAGCCAAUCCUAAAAAGCGAUUAAUGACUUUCUUUCAGACGUUGUAUGCUUCAUUGAAACGAGGAGGAAAAGUUGUGUGCCAGUUCUAUCCGUCGAAUGAUAAGCAGACGGACGCUAUUUUGAAUGCUGCAAAGAUGACAGGUUUUGCUGGUGGUCUGGUUGUAGAUGACGCCGAGUCCAAGAAAAACAAAAAGUAUUAUUUAGUGCUGGCAGCAGGCCAGACUGACGCUGACCAGGAAAUCAACCUCGACGGCGUGAAAAUGGACGCCUCGGCCAUGGUGACAUCCAAGAAGAGACGAAAUAAGAAGGACGAGUCCCGCAAGGAUUACAUCAUGCGAAAGAAGGAGCUCAUGCGAAAAAGAGGCAAGACCAUUGCCAAGGACAGCAAAUUUACUGCCAGAAAGAGAGGGCCCAAAUUUUAA